AUGAAUCCAAGUAAUUAUAGCAGCUUCUCGAUAAACGAGAAAGAUAAUGCAAUUAGAGUCUUGGUUGCAACUGAUAAUCAUCUUGGCUACUUGGAACGGGAUCCUGUUCGAGGCCAGGAUUCAUUUAAGGCAUUUGAGGAAAUUCUGAAAUUAGCAAAGGAUAACCAGGUUGACAUGAUACUUCUAGGCGGUGACUUGUUCCACGAAAAUAAACCGACGCGUAAAACUCUAUAUAGCACCAUUAGUUUGCUUCGCUCAUAUUGCAUGGGACCAAGACAGUGCAAUUUACAAUUUUUGAGCGAUCAAUCUGUUAAUUUUUCCGAUAGCUUUUCUACUGUGAAUUAUCAAGACCCGUAUUUUAAUAUUGAGAUCCCCGUGUUUUCUAUUCAUGGCAAUCACGAUGAUCCAUCUGGAUUUGGAAGUCUAGCAGCAUUAGAUAUUCUUGCAGUAUCAGGCUACAUAAAUUAUUUCGGCCGACCUCAACAAGUCGAUAAUAUUGAAGUAACACCCUUAUUGCUACAAAAAGGCAUCACUAAAUUGGCCGUUUAUGGACUGGGUCACAUCCGUGAGGAACGUUUACAUAGAGCAUUGCGCGAUAAACAAGUUAAAAUGAUGCGACCAAUUGAGACGCCCGAUGAAUGGUUCAAUUUGAUGGUGUUGCAUCAAAAUAGACAAGCUCACGCACCUACCACAUACGUUCCUGAAAAUUUUCUUGAAGACUUUCUUCAUCUGAUAAUAUGGGGCCAUGAACAUGAAUGCUUGAUUGACCCGGUUUUUAAUUCUGAACAAAAAUUUGAUAUUACACAGCCUGGAUCCUCUGUUGCAACAAGUCUAGUAGAAGGUGAAGCUACGCCAAAGCACGUUGGUAUUUUGACCAUUAAAGGCACAAACUAUGAAUUAAAUAAAGUCCGCUUACGAUCCAUAAGGCCUUUUAUUGUCGAUGAGAUUGACUUGACUUCUAUUGACGAUCUUUCACGUGAUAAAACCAAAGAAAUCCAAGAUUUAUUGGCAGAUAAAGUAAAUGAAAUGAUACAAAAAGCUACAGCUGAAUGGAAAGCUUUAUAUCGUCCGGAUGAAUCGGCUGAUGCAGAGACACCUCCGUUUCCUUUGAUUAGACUUAAGGUCGCCUAUGAUGAUCGAUUCACAGUAUUCAAUGUCAAAAUGUUCGGUGAUCAAUUUAUAGAUCAUGUAGCCAAUCCUCGCGAUCUUCUGUUUUUUUAUCGGAAAAAAUCAUCAAAAGGAAAAAGAGCUGUAAGAAAGAAUGUUCUGGAAGAGGAAGAAGUAAUUGAGGAAGAGAACAUAACAUCAAAUUUGAUAGAGUAUCUUCAAUUGAAUAAUCUCCAAAUUUUGCCGGAAAAUGAAUUUAACAAUGCUGUGAUUACUUUUGUCGAGAAAGAGGAGCCUGACGAAAUAAACGAUUUUUAUCUAGACACACUCGAUAGAAACAAAAUCAGAUUAAUAGAACAACAAAUUGAUGAAAGUGAAGAAAGGAUUUAUCAUGAGGUUGGAAGAGAGAAAAAAAUUCGGCGAGAACAAGAUAUUCCAAGACGAUUAACAAAGCCAGUAGCAAACAAUGAUUCGAUGGAUGUUGAACACGAUCAAAAUUCCACAUCUUCAGCAACAAAAUCUGGCACUCCUACUCGAGUUAUUAGACCCACAGUAGUUAAAAGUUCGCGCACGAAAGCACCUACUAAAGGCACAAACAAUUCGCGGGUUCCUUCCACCAGAGGCAAAAAGAAAACAACUCGUCAAAAACAGGAAGACGAUUUUGAUGAUGAAUUAGAUAUCAAUGACAUUCAGGAGGACAGUGAGAGUGUGUUAGGUGUAAUGUCAACGGGAAAGAAAAGCCGACCACGUGGUUCCACUACUUCCAAUACUACUAAAGCGACACGGUCAUCAACUCGUCAAAAGGCUCCUCGUGAAGAUCCAGACGAAAGCGAAAGUGACGAAGAAAUUGUUGAAAAUGAGGCACCAGCAUCAAAUAGACAACGAAGAUCCACUACGUCUACGUCAAAGAAAACUAACAAACUCAAGCAGGAUGAUAAAGAGUACGAGAAAGAGGAAGUAACUGAAUUAUUUGAAGAUGAAGAUAGCGAUGAUCUUUUGGUUAGUUCAAGAUUAAAAUCGUCAAGAUCUUCGAAACAAGUACUUAAAGAUGACGCAAACGAUAAUACUCCUGCUAGCCGAAAACGUAGGGCCACGAGCAAACCUUCAAUAUCGCCUCCAGCGCCUAAAAGAACUGUUACCUCACGUUCAUCAACCAGAGCAAGUUCAUCACGAUCUGGAAAAGAGCGAGAUGACGUGGUAUUUAUUAAAUUUGACUUUUUAGUUAUUACUAAAAAUGAAGUUGUUUUCUAA